ACUUUUUAUUUUUAUUUUGUGAUUCUCUAUAAGAUUUAGGUUAAAAUUUUUGAAUUACAUAGAGCAUUUAUAUACUUGAUUCGUAAAUAAUGAUUUAAUGAUGAACAUAUGUUAAUGCAAUACUAAAAUCUCUAUAGAUUUAGAAAUAAAAAUUUGAAUUACAUAUUUAGCAUUCUUAUACUUGAAAUCGUAAAUCAAAGCACUGAUCAGAUGUUAUGCAAUAACACAUGCUAAAUCAUGAUUUAGAUAUAAAAAUUUGAAUUACAUAACGUUCAUAUACUUGAAUCGUAAAUCAACAUUUAGUAUUAAAGACAAUAUCUAGAGAGUAAUAUGAUUGCCUAGUUUUAUAAUGAUGAUCAGAUGUUUAUGCAACUACAUGCUAAAUCAUGAUUCAGAUAUAGAGAUUUGAAUUAAAACUAGCAUUUAUAUAUAUGACUCAUAAAUUUAGCAUUUACAAUUGUUAACUUUUAGUAAAAACACAAUACGAAAUGCAUCUCAUGGUCGAUGGAUUUAUAAUGAUGAUCAGAUGUUAAUGUUAAAUCAUGAUUUAGAUAUAAAGAUUUGAAUUACAAAUAGCAUUCAUAUACAUAAAUAGCAUUCACAAUGAUUAAAUUUUACUAAUAACGCAGAUAUUAACACAAUACUGAAUGAAUCUCAUGGUUAUGUAUAAUGUUAAACUGUCUAUUGGGAUAUAGUUUGGGGGUUUAAUAUUGCACUAUACAUAAGGGUUUUGAGAAGGGUGCCUAAUGGAACAAUGUUUGUGCAAUACAUGUUCAGAGAUCAGUAAGAUAAUGUCAAUACAUUUAAAUGCAGUGUUACAUGUGUUUUCUAUAAAGUUUGGUUUUAUUUUUCUGAACAUCGAAUGAGAAAGAAUCUAAUAAGCUCAUCUUAUCACAAGAUUGUUUAGGGUUUGCAAAAUUGAGAAUUACGAGAUUAGAGAAGAUAAAAGCUUUUUUAGAUAAAUAUCUGAUUUGUUUUUAGUAAUGUUUUUAGUAAUGUUUUUGAUAAACUUCCCGUAAUGGGACUCUAGAGUAUUAAUACAAACACUAGAGCAUAAAACGAUAAUGUUCAAACACACUGAAUAAUUAUUAAAAAGUCACUCUCUCAGCUAGUCUUUACUUCUUCUUUGUUCUUCUCUUUAGUCAUUUCCUUGAUUUAUCUUCUUUUCAUGGUUCUGUAAUUCUCUCAUGUUUCCACCAGUAUGAUCUUAUCAAAAUUUUGAAGAAUCUACUGAAAGACAAAAAGAAAACUUUACAUGUUUGUGUUUCUGUGUGUUUAUCUUUAUAGUCUGGUACAAUAGAGACAAUCUUGCCGUGUCAGAAUUAGAGAUUCAGAUCUAUAAGUGAACAUCCAAAGCGUUAAAUAUAAACCAUGUUACAACACUAGAGCCCCCUAAACCCUAGUAAACCCUCUUUUAAAACUCACCUCUAUCUCACUCGCCGGCAUAACAAAAAUACUAAAAAAAAAACGUAGAAGAGAAUGUCAGAGGGGGAGGAUGAGAUCACAAGGGUCUUCAAGGUGCGUCGCACGGUGCUGCAGAUGCUGAAGGACAGAGGUUACAACAUAGAAGAGUCUGAUAUAGAGUUGAAAAGAGAAGACUUCGUUCAAAACUUUUACAAAGCUAUGAACAAAGUCAACAAGGAAGCUCUAUUCGUGACAGCAGACAAGGGACCAAAUCCAGAAGACAAGAUUUACGUGUUCUACCCGGAAGGUCCUAAGGUGGGAGUCCCAAUCAUUAAAAAAGACGUGGUGAUGAAGAUGAGAGACGAUAAAGUCACUCGAGGGAUCAUAGUUGUUCCGCAGCCCAUAACUGGUGCAGCCAAGAAUGCUAUCAUAGAGCUGAACAAGAUUUUGACUAUUGAAGUCUUUGAGGAAGCUGAGUUGGUGACUAACAUAACCGAGCAUAAGCUUAUUAACAAGUACUAUGUACAUGACAAUCAAGCUAAGAAGGAACUGCUUCAAGAGUACACGGUGCAAGACACGCAGCUGCCACGUAUCCUUGUCUCUGAUCCUGUAACAGCUGUUAAAUGAGAAAAUACUACUUCUUAAGAGAGGGCAAGUUGUUAAGAUUAGAAGAAGUGAUGCUACUUCUUUGGACUAUUAUACCUAUCGAUAUGCAGUUUAGUUUUGUAAUCUUGGAUUUGGAUUUUUACAAACCUUGCUUGUUCAAUGUUUUUUAUUUUAUUUGUUAUAGUAAGGGAUAAAAAAAGUCACUAUUUUCAUAUAUGCAAGUCCACUUGUCUCGGUCGUAUUUGAGACGGACUGCUUGGAUUUAGUAGACUACGAAUCCGGUGGACUGGUCAGUCUUCGUUUCAGAGAUUAAUUCUUUUCAAAGUUUAAAGGAGGAGUUUGUUUCAUGACCAAAGGAGCAGGUCCGGACUCACUAGCAAAGAAGGUUAUGAUCAGCUGCUUAUUAUUUUCUCAUUUAAAUCAAAUAUGGUCAGAUGGAAGUGUUCUUCGAAAUAACUUUUCGUCAAGAACUUGAUCUAGUUGUAUACGUAGUUGACAAUGGCUUAUACCAAUGGAGUUUCAUGGCUUCUCAACUUUCUGCCAAUAUUUAAGUUUCCCAUUUUUCUCUGUUUCUCGUUAGGUGGCAAGCUUGUUAUUGACAUUUUCAAUGUUUCCAUGAAUUUACCAAUAAGUAGUAGUUUGAGAACUCCUAUCGCUUAGACAUACGUAAAUCUUGCAGGAAGGAAUAUGAAAACCUGCGGAGACAGUGUCGCGAGAUUCAUAGGCGCAAUGAAAAUAGCAGUGACUCAAAGCAGACUUCUCAGAGGAGCAACACCGAAGACAGCCAGGUUCUUGAUUCCCAUGAUAUUGAACAAGUCAUUAGUUCCACGAGAUCCAUCCAAGUUGAAGAAUCAGAGAAGUUGAAUUCCGAAUCGAUCCUUGAGGAUGGGGACUGUGAAAAGAGUGGCGUCACCUCCGAAGAUGAUGCUAAUGACUCGGACUCAACAAACUCUGAAGAAACCGAGACUUCACCUCUUCUAGCGAACGAAGAAGUAGAAAGCCAUGAUACAACCGUUAACUCAGAGGCAACCAACUCUGAAGAAACUGAGACUUUGCCUCACGUACCCAAAGAAGAAGCAGAAAGACACGGUAAAGUCAACCAAGAAAAAGACACUCAGACUCCAUCAUCAAAGCCAAAAUCUCAGGCAGAAGAGGAAUUCAACACAAUUUGGCAGAGAAUAAUCCGCCUGGAUGCAGUGAGAGCCAAUAAUGAAUGAGUGCCCUACUCACCAUCUCAAGCUGCUGUGUCUGACACAAAAGCCCGGGGAAUAGCCACACAGGUUGGUCUUACUGACUACGAGGACUUGGAGCCCUGCCGGAUCUUACAUGCAGCUCGCCUGGUCGCCAUCCUUGAAGCCUACGCGGUCUUCGACCCUGAAAUAGGUUACUGUCAAGGAAUGAGCGACUUACUAUCUCCUUUACUCGCAGUAAUCGAAGACGACGCGUUCGCAUUCUGGUGCUUUGUCGGGUUCAUGAGUAAAGCAAGGCAUAAUUUCAGGCUAGACGAGGUUGGAAUCAGGAGACAACUCUCAAUGGUAUCGAAAAUCAUACAGUUCAAAGACAUCCGCUUGUACAGACACUUGGAGAACCUAGAAGCGGAAGACUGCUUCUUUGUAUACCGUAUGGUGGUGGUGAUGUUCAGACGAGAACUAACAUUUGAGCAGACGCUUUGCCUCUGGGAAGUAAUGUGGGCGGAUCAAGCAGCUAUAAGAACAGGGAUUGCAAAGGCGACAUGGGGGAGAAUAAGGUUAAGGGCACCACCGACGGAAGAUUUGUUGCUAUAUGCGAUAGCGGCAAGCGUGUUGCAGAGGAGAAAGACGAUCAUAGAGAAGUACAGUGGGAUGGAUGAGAUUAUGAAGGAAUGUAAUAGCAUGGCUGGUCGUCUUGAUGUUUGGAAACUUCUUGACGAUGCUCAUGACUUGGUCGUCAAUCUUCACGACAAGAUCUGAAAGAGGCACUCUUUUGCCACUGUUGCACUUUCUUUGUUAGUGUUCAGCUGUUAUUGUUACUUAAAAUGUGAAACAAAAAAAAUCUUGAACCAUGUCUUGGAAUAUUUUGUUACUUAAAUAAAGAGAGCUAAAAUUAA